CUUACUUCAGCAUUUGACAGAUGCCCGAGUGGUAAAUGUGUCUGGCCAGAAUCGCACAGCCUCAGCAUCGACUCCUGUUGGCGUUGUUUUUUCUUUUUCUUUUAUUUACUUCUCCCAGCGAUAAGAUAUCAAUUGGACGAAUUGGACUAAUUCUCACUAUAACCUCAAUCGAUCCAUCAUUUCUACAUCAUAAACCAUCAUAAACCAAAGUACCAACAGGCAGAAAGACCAUCCAGCCUUCCUUACCGCUCUUUGUUUUUUUUUGCUCGCAAGGCCGAAUGGCUUGACUCCGCAAACGACAACACACAAAGGACUCGCUUAUGAUGCUCCACUUGCAUAGUUCGCGUCCUCCUUACUAUUCGAGAGCAACCAUUGACAUUUUCCAUCUGAGUCAGUGUUUCAUCAAUCCAUCUCACUCACUUCUGCAUCCAACCUGUUCCUUCGAGUAUUGUAACACUCGAUUAUUCUCCUACCAGACUCUGCUAGGUAUUUGAUAAUGUAACGUACUGGUAACAAGAACAAUGGUACGAGUGGAGUGAUAUAUGGAUGCUUUCUGCAGGCACCACACUAAAGGCAACCUUAAAAAAGGAAUUUUGUUCGAAUUUUCUAGCGGCAUUUGGUGAGACAGCC